AUGAAAGCUACACCGUUGUUGAUCGCCUGGCACAACGGCAACGCUCCUGUCUAUUCUGUACAUUUUGAUCCUCAUGUCAAAGGUCGAUUUGCAACUGCUGGAAAUGAUAACAAUGUCCGAACUUGGAAACUGGAGUGUAAUGGAGAGGAACGAAAAGUCACAUAUUUGAGCACGUUGGUGAAACAUACCCAGGCUGUAAACGUGGUUCGAUUCUCGCCAAAAGGUGAAAUGCUUGCGUCAGCAGGAGAUGAUGGAAAUGUCCUGUUAUGGGUGCCGUCUGAAUUAUCCAUGGCGCCGCUGGGAGAAGAUCAUUCGGAUGAUAAGGAGACCUGGAGAGUGAAGCAUAUGUGUCGGUCGUCGGGAGCUGAAAUCUAUGAUUUGGCUUGGUCACCGGAUGGUGUUUUCAUAAUUACCGGUAGCAUGGACAAUGUUACUCGGAUCUACAAUGCUCAAACAGGACAAAUGGUUCGACAGAUCGCAGAACAUUCACACUAUGUCCAGGGUGUAGCCUGGGACCCCCUCAACGAGUUUGUUGCGACGCAGUCGUCAGACAGAUCCGUACACAUCUACAGUCUCAAAACGAAAGAUGGCCAAUUCUCUUUGACCACACACGGAAAGUUUUCAAAGAUGGAUCUUCCUGCACGCCGAAUUCCUGCAAGCAGCCCUGCUCCCACAGAUACCAAGACUCAAUCCGUUGUCGGUGGAUUGUCGAUUGCCUCACCAGCACCAUCCACGCCGGGAACUCCUAAAACAAUGACCCUGCCGAUGGAUCCACCUCCAGUGUCUCAUAGUCGACGCUCCUCGUUCGGGUCUUCUCCUUCGAUUCGUCGGUCAGCUUCGCCGGCUCCAUCACUACCGUUACCUGCUGUCAAGCCGAUGGAAGUUUCGUCACCAAGCUUGUUUGGAGGCUUGGGUGUCAGAAAUGCAAAUUUAUAUGCAAAUGAGUCUUUUACGUCUUUCUUUCGUCGAUUGACGUUUACUCCAGACGGCAGUUUGUUAUUUACUCCAGCGGGUCAAUUCAAGACGACGCAAGGAUCUACAAGUGAUUCAAUGAAAGCGAGUGAAGAAAUUAUCAACACAGUCUAUAUCUAUACAAGAGCAGGGUUCAACAAACCACCCAUUGCGCACUUGCCUGGCCACAAGAAACCGUCCGUUGCAGUGAGAUGCUCCCCGAUAUAUUACACACUCCGACAAGGAUCCCGACCUACGAAUCACAUUACGCUUGAUACGUCUUCUGGUGAUGACAGCUUCCCAGCAUUACCGGAUCCUGUUGUGAGUGCAAAUAUUACGAGUCAUCCGUCCAUGGAACCACCGCCACCUUCUAGCGAUCAGACGAAACCGUCUCCGAAGACUGAGAAUGAUUCUGCUUCUAGCUCUGCGUUUGCUCUACCUUAUCGCCUUGUCUAUGCGGUAGCCACGCAGGAUGCUGUAUUCAUAUACGAUACGCAACAACAGACACCACUAUGUGUUGUGAACAACCUUCACUUUGCGACGUUCACAGAUUUAAGCUGGUCGUCCGACGGAUUGACGCUGAUUAUGAGUUCAUCUGAUGGAUUCUGCUCGACUCUUUCAUUCGCUUCAGGAGAAUUAGGACAGCCCUAUACGCCUCCUGUUCCUUCAUCGAACUCGACGGCACAUCACCACACUCUAUCUGCAAGUUCCUCAUCGAACAACACACCUUUACCCACACCCACACAUGCUCCAUCGCCUUCGUUGACAAAACAAAGUCCGGCGCCGGCUAGUUCAGGACCAAAUGGUGCGGGUCGCGCUAGCAGUCCUGCGCGAUCAUCAUCGGCUUCUUCAAUCCAGACACUCCAUGCAUCUCAAUCAGGCAACGUCAUCAAUAACCCAACGCCUACUCUCGGCACUGUACCACCUUUGACUGCUACCAAUUCACUUCCUCUAACCACCCCGCCUCAAACCCCAUUACCGGGGAUCUCACAUAGCGCUACAAGCUCGUUUAGUAGUACUGUUCUGGGCAAGCGGGAUAUAGGUGCGGCCAGCGAAUCCGAAAGGGAAGAGCCCAGGCGAGAUGGCAAACAGGCUUCCGAGACUGAAAAGCCAGCGAAAAAGCGACGGAUUGCGCCUACUUUGGUAUCAAAGGAUUCUGCAAGCUUCGCUAGUGACGUUGAAAGCAAGCCGGUGCCGCCUCAGGCUUCUGACAAGGUUGAACCGCAACCUACCGAAGAUGCUGAGCAGGUUGAUCAAUGAGCAGCGGAAGCAGCUCAAUAAAAUGAUUUAUGUGCAUAACUGUCUUGUUACGAAGCAUGAUGGAUGGAGUUUGGUGUUCGUUUACUGGGGGCUCUACUGAGAGAUUGGUUGCUUUAUGCUGUGCCACCACAGCACACCUGCGUAGGGUUUAGUCUCGAGAUAUAUGUAUGAAUAGAAUUGAUUUAUGAUGCAAUACAAAUGUCACAGUACAAUCAAGUCUAUAUAUAUUCAACAAUGCACGCUAACCUUGAUGAAUGAAACAUUGAACGGCAACUUGAAACCGAUUAAGCCUUGACCUCCACAAACCU